CCCGCGUGAACGUUUUAGACUCGAGUCAUUUAGCAGUCUCUCUCUGUGUGGAUGUCUCUAUAUAAACAGGCUAUGUGUAUAGAUAAGUAACUCACAAUUGUCCGCCCGUCGCACUCUGUAUCAUCCAAACGGGAUUGACUGGCGAUGUCUCGCCUCUGGCUGCUGCCGCUGCUGCUGCUGAGCUCGCACGCACCGGCAGCUGCUGGUGCCCAGGAGGAGCCGGGCGUGGCGGAGUGCCCGGGCCAGCGCUGCGCCUGCGGUUGCGCUGGCGCCGCGGGCAUCCCCGGACUGCACGGGCAGCUCGGAGCCGCGGGCAGAGACGGCAGGGACGGGGGCGUCGGUCCACCCGGACCAAAGGGAGAUGUCGGGAAUUCCGCAGUCGACGGAGCGAAAGGAGAGCCCGGUUUUCCGGGGAGGACUGGAAUGCAUGGCGAGUUAGGGCGUCCGGGACAGCCUGGCAUGAAGGGCGACCCAGGCGACUGCGCCACGAUGCCCAAGUCCGCCUUCACAGCCAAGCUGUCGGCGCCCAGACCGGCGUCGGGAUCACCCAUAAAGUUCGACGUGAUACUCACCAACAGCGGGAACCACUACGAUCCGAGCACGGGCAAGUUCACGUGCGUCCACCCAGGCGCCUACUACUUCGUAUUCCACGCGUGCGUGUACUCGGAGAGCGUGUUCACGCACCUGAAGAGAAACGGGGAGGUGGUGCACAAGUUCCACAGCGCUUGGAUGGGCAACUGGCCUGGAGUGGCCCUGAGUGGUGGUGCCGUGCUGAGUCUCAAGGCGGGGGAUCAGGUCUGGUUGGAGGUGCCGGAUGCCCACAACGGUAUCUUCUCGCGCAGUGAUAUAGACAGCUCCUUUUCUGGCUUUCUCCUGUCGCCCGAGUGAAUCGGACUCGAGAGCGCAACACGGGGCGUUUGCAGGUAUAAUUAUGAUACUAUAAAUCUAAAUGCAUACUUCUCUGAAGGCGAUCAUCAUUUAUUAAUCACUAUUUGAUUUUGGGAUGAAAAAAAACUCCCUUUAUGAAUGAACAAUUAUAUUAUUUAAAAAAGGAUUCACGCUUUUCUGGCAUAAAUACAGGUGUUAAGAUGUAAAAAAAAGAAGACAUUCUAUAACAAGGCAUAAAGUCUGCAUUCACUACACAGACUUGUGGUAAAACAUUCAAACUUGCGUUGAUACUGUACGCUAGGCCUCAGUAAGGUAAGGUAAUUUACCCUUUUACCGGGGUAAGGUAAAAGGUAGGGUAAAGGUAGCUCGGAAGAAUUACCCGGUAGGUUAAAGGUAGCGCGAAGUAUUACCCGGUAAAUACAGUACCUUGUUUCCGCUAAAAGCUCCAUGGCGCAGUCCGUGGCUUCCAUUUAAUAAGGAAUAUGUAAAAUAAAUACAUUUUAAACACUCUUUUAUGAAAUGUACGAGUAAUGGUAGAACUCCACGACUCCAGGAAGUGGCCCCGAAGCUUGCUAUAGCAUAAGGGGCCGUGGCCAAUUACAGCCAACGUCAGUUUACCGUGGACAAUUAGACCCAAGCCAAAACAUAACAUACAAAAAAGAAUGUUUAAAAAUAUAUAUUUUAAAUUUUUAUGAUAGAAUCUAGUAUUGUCAUCAGUAUGACAUAAGUAUACCACGUUUGCAGUCGACACCACAUUGGGAAGUGGGUUAAAAUUGAGUAACAAUAUUUGAGGAUACAACGACAACAACAACAACAACAAGCGUGUAAAAUUGGAAUCAUCGAGAAUAUUCUAUAUGAAUAUUAUUUUUGAACCAUAACAAAGUGGACACAUAGCUUGCCAUUAAGGUUUGUGAAGUGACAAUUCUGUAAUCUGUAAAGUAUAUUCCUAAAUGUGAUUAAAGUGCACUCCUAAACUCUU